UGGCAACGGUUCGGAUAGAUGUGAUCGUUUAUCGACAUAGUAACGAACGUCCACCUCGUGACAAAUGCUUCCCCCAAAACUGUUCACAUCCCUCUUGUUUGUCGGAAAGAAAAUGUGACACUUUCAAAGCUAAUUUCCUGUUUCCAAUUCGACACACUUUCAAAGCUAAUUUCCUGUUUCCAAUUCGACACACUUUCAAAGCUAAUUUCCUGUUUCCAAUUCGACACACUUUCAAAGCUAAUUUCCUGUUUCCAAUUCGACACACUUUCAAAGCUAAUUUCCUGUUUCCAAUUCGACACACUUCGUCCACUGGUGGGACUAUCUGUUCAGUGUUGUAAUGCCAUCUCUUUCCAGCCUGCGCUGCCCUCUGCCACGUGUCUCUCUCUCUCCUCGUCGCCUCAGAUAUCCUGCAGUCCAGAGGUGAAGGAUAUGGAUCCUAUGGAGUGUCCGCUGUGUUUGGAGCUGCUGGAGACGGACGACGCCCACUUCUUCCCCUGCACCUGCGGCUACCAGAUCUGUCGCUUCUGCUGGCACCGCAUCCGCACAGACGAGAACGGCCUCUGCCCCGCCUGCAGAAAGCCUUAUCCAGAGAACCCAGCGGUCUACAACCCCCUGUCAGCGGAGGAGCUGCAGAGGAUAAAGAAUGAGAAGAAGGCCAAACAGGUGGAGAAGAAACAGAAGACGACAGAAAACAGGAAACACCUGGCCAGCGUCAGGGUGGUGCAGAGAAACCUGGUGUUUCUAGUGGGACUGUCACAGAGACUGGCCGACCCCGAGGUAGGAACACGGAGACACACCCGGAGAUCUGAGAAUAACACUUCUAAAAACAACACAGAGGGAAUAUUUGUUCAUUAUCGUCGUCAUCAAUGA